AGAGAGAGAGAGAGAGAGAGGGAGAAAGAAUACUGUUUGGGUUAGAGGAAGAAGAAAGAAAUAAAUUGGAAAAAUUCGUUAAUAUCUGAGUGAGUAAGUGAGUCAAGGAGAGAAACAAUCUGGAGAAACAAAGAAAACAAUCAUUUCAGGGUUCACUUGAUUUUUUCAUUUUUUUUUUCUUGAGUUUUGUGUUUGUAGAGAGAAUAAUAGACCUAGACCACUUGCAUUGAUUGUGAGAAGAAAUUGGUUGAGACUUGAAAGAGAGGAAGCUGGUCAUGAGUAUGUUGGAGGGGACAUGCUUGAGCCAAGGGAAGCUGAUAUACCUGCGCUUUUUCUGGUCUUUGUUGUGUUCCCUCUGGUUACUUACAUCUUGCUCGGUAAAUGGAACGAGGCUGCCAAAAAGAAGGAGAGGAUAGAUCUUCUUGCUCAAUUAGCAGCCGAAGAAGCUCUUCGUGCAGCUGAAGCAAUGGCUACUGCUACUGUUAUUUAUCCUGUUGACAUUUCUCCAAAACCCAAUUUUCAUCCUUGUGCCAGAUGCUUUGGUCCUGCUACCACCAGUUGCUCCAAAUGCAAGUCUGUUAGAUACUGUUCUGGGAAGUGUCAAAUAGUUCACUGGAGGCAUGGUCACAAGCAAGAAUGCCAGAUGUUGGAAAUGGCUUCCUCAAAUUUGUCUUCCAAGCCUACUCCAUAUGAAGGAUCAUUUGAUGAAAACGUUUCACCAAAUGAAAAUCUCAACUCACGGGCCUAUGCAAGUGAUGACAAACAUGCUAUGCACAACAAUGCUCCCUUUUAUCGAUCACAUCUUCCUGCUGCUGCUCCUCUUACUACUGCUUCUAUGUCUAGAAGCAACCAAGACCUCCCGAACGCUGAAGAAACCCUAUUUGGAUUUGUGGCAGAAUCGCUGAAAGAUCGAGCCACCAAUUCAUCUUUGCCGUUCCCAAAUCCAGCAAAGAGUGCUACUUCGAGACACGAGAUAGUGAAUGACGACUCUGGUGCAUCGGCAGAAGAGAUUCCUAGAAGGCAUAGCACCAAUAGUCGUCCCGCCUCUGGCCGUGAACGUACUGGUCCAAGAAGUGGUGCUAUGCGCGAAAGUCAUAAGAUAAGUGGCCAAACUCGAAAUGUACUUGAACCAAGUACUGAUGGUAGUAUCCCCUCUGCAGUUUAUUUAGAUCCAAAUGGGAGAAAUGCAUCUAAUAUUAAGCUGGAUCCUAGUAGAUGUAGUUUUCCCGAGGAGGGACCGUCCUUUAAUAAUGAAAGAGUGGAAUCCUCGACUAAAAAGAUCUCAAGCAAAGGAAACAAAUCUAAAAGUAAAUCACAUUUUAUAGAGCUCCAAACUUCUUCAUCACCAAAACCAGUUCCUGAAGGACCAAGAGAAGGGCAAAAUCCAAGGACGGAUAGAAGGGGAUGCCUAACAAAUGAAUUGAUUAUUAUUUUUUCAGAAAUCUCCCAAGUAAGUGUUUCAACGGCGCUCCCUGCCCAAGGAAGCAAUAGCAUAUGGGAAAUGGGAGGUAUGAAGAUACCUGGUCUAAGAAAAUUAUCGAAAGUGCAUAGGCAGGAACCUGCUGGGAUUACCAUGGAUAGUCAUAAAAAAAUUAAGGUUUUGUUCCCUUAUGAGGAAUUCAUAAAGUGCUUCUGCUGUGAAGUAAUGGACCUUUCUCCUAGAGGCCUUUUAAACUGUGGAAACAGUUGCUAUGCAAAUACUGUGUUGCAAUGUUUGACAUGCACAAAGCCUCUCACCAUCUAUCUGCUCCGCAGACUACAUUCAAGACACUGCCGGAAGAAAAACUGGUGUCUUAUGUGUGAGCUCGAGCAGCACGUGAUGAUGUUGAGAGAAGGUGGAGGCCCUUUGUCUCCUAAUAGAAUCCUCUCGCACAUGCAAAGUAUUGGCUGUCAGAUGGGUAGUGGAAGUCAGGAGGAUGCUCAUGAAUUCUUAAGGCUUUUGGUAACAUCUAUGCAAUCAAUAUGCCUUGAGGGUCUGGGUGUUGAGAAGGAAGUUGAUCCAAGAUUGCAAGAAACAACAUUCAUACAACACAUAUUUGGUGGCCGUCUUCGGUCAAAGGUCAAGUGUCUGAGGUGUCAGCAUGAGUCAGAGCGAUAUGAAAACAUAAUGGAUCUUACACUUGAGAUACUUGGUUGGGUUGAGUCACUGCAAGAUGCACUCACUCAAUUCACGGCAUGUGAGGAUUUGGACGGAGAAAACAUGUACAGAUGUGGAAGGUGUGCCAUGUAUGUGAGAGCCCGAAAGCAAUUGAGUAUACAUGAGGCGCCAAACAUCCUUACGAUCGUUUUGAAAAGGUUUCAGGAGGGAAAAUACGGCAAAAUAAACAAAUGCAUUACUUUCCCAGACUUGUUGGACAUGAUACCAUUCAUGACUGGAACAGGCGAUAGUCCUCCCUUGUACAUGCUAUAUGCGGUCAUUGUGCAUUUGGACACAUUUAAUGCAUCAUUUUCUGGGCAUUAUGUAUCGUAUGUUAAGGAUCUGCAAGGCACAUGGUUCAGGAUAAAUGACACCGAGGUCCAGCCAGUAUCAAUUAGCCAGGUGAUGUCAGAAGGUGCAUACAUGUUAUUCUACACAAGGUCUUACCCACGUCCUCCACGAGGCUCGACUGAAAAACCUGCGACGCUACCCCGUAUUCCAGCCUCGGUAAGGCAGGGUGUAUCGAAAACUCAUAAAUUUUCAAGUAUAGGGCAAACUAGACCCGGCGUUUAUAUGGGUCAUGUAAGUCCGACAUCAACCAGACAGGUCCCACCAAUGAGAGAAAAAUUUUCAGACUCCAGAAGCUUUGACUUUUCAGAUGCGACAUCAACCGACUGGUCUCUUUUCACAAGCUCAGAUGAUUCGUCAUUUACUACUGAGAGUACCCGUGAUUCAUUCAGUACGGCAGAUUAUUCUGACUCUGUAAAUGCUGAUCCCUUUUCGUCGAUAUUCAACACCCACCCACCAGAAUAUUAUUCGCAAAGUAACAUUUCCUACAGAAGGUUCUCCCACAAGCAGCAGCAGUCGAGAUUCCUUUCUGAAGGCAAAGGAUUUGUUUUAGAUUCAUACCUGACAACCCAACCGCUGGUAAGCUUACAGAGCGUAGAGAUUCCUAAACAGAUAAGUGCCUCUUCUAACACCGAAUUACCAUCCUUUUAGUAACUGCAGGAUGUUUGUAAGAUAUGGGAGUAACCAAAAGGGUAGUCUUGUUCAAAAUUGUGAACUCUUAGAUGUUUAGAUAAAUCUUCUUCUAGCUUAGGGAAAUCCCAUUUCAUUUAGGAGUAGCAGUAGUACGUUUUUUAUGAACAUCUGUAGGUAUAGUUCUUUUCAUUCUCUUCUCAUGUUGUAGAAUAGUAAAUUUUAUCAGCUUUUUCUACCUCUAUGAAUCCGGUCAGAAAAGUGUAAAAAUUAAUCCUUUUGUUUUUCUUUAGAAGCAAUCAUUUAUCUAAUGAUCAAUCUUGUUAUUUAUUU